AGCUGUCUUGGGGCAGUGACGGUCAGCAGGCCAUCGGACGAUAACGUAGACACCACGUCCUCCGGUCUACAAUCAUCAGUUGUUGUUAAAGAUGACACAAGUGGCCAUAGUCACUGGAGCUAAUAAGGGCCUCGGGCUUGCAAUUGUUAAACUUCUUUGUGAGAGAUUCGACGGAACAGUUUAUCUUACAUCCAGAGACGAGAAAAGAGGCCAAAAUGCCUGUGAAGAACUGAAUCAACAGGGAUUAACACCCAAAUAUUACCAACUAGACGUCACAGAUAGUGAAAGUGUAAUUAGAUUUCGCGAUUAUAUGAAAAAUACAUAUGAAGGGAUCGAUAUUCUUAUCAACAAUGCUGGCAUAUUAUUCUUGAAAGAUGCAAAAGAACCAAAAACAUACCAAGCAGAACAAACAAUUUUCGUUAAUUUUACAUCAUUGGUGAAUUUUACCGAAGCGAUGUUGCCAUUAACUAAAGAUGGCGGGAAAAUAGUUAACAUAUCCAGUUCCUCUGGACAUCUAUCUAGGAUUCCAUCUCAGGAGAUAAGAGAGAAGAUCAGUUCACCAGAGUUAACGCUAGAAGGUUUGAGGAGAUUAACGGAUCUAUAUUUGGAUGCUGUGAAAAGAAAUAAGGAAAUGGAAGAAGGUUGGGGAGAAUCUCCUUACGUGGUGUCUAAAGUUGCUGUAAAUGCGUACACGUUCUUGCUGCAUCGCAGAUUGAAAUCGAGAGGAAUCAUCGUGAACUGUGUGCAUCCCGGGUACGUGAUGUCGGACAUGACGCACGGUGCCGGCGACGUGUCCCCCGCGGCGGCGGCGGAGCACCCCGUGAGGCUGGCGUUGGAGCCCCAAGCCGGGGGACUAUACAUGUGGAGAAAUGGCACCACCGUGCCGUGGGGGGGACCAGAUCCCAGGGGAUAUAUUGAUGGGAAGCCAGUGUAAUAACUAUUUUUGAAGUAAAAGAGAAGAUGAAAAAUUG